AUGCUGAAAUUAUCUUGUGAUAUUAUUGCCCAACCCUUGACCUAUAUAUUUAAUCUUUUAAUUUCUACUGGGAAAUAUGUUGAUGAUUGGAAAAGAGCUAGGGUAAUACCUGUUUAUAAAACAGAAGAUAGUACGAAAUGUGAAAACUAUCGCCCGAUAUCUAUUCUUCCCAUUAUCAGCAAAUUAUUUGAGAAAGAAGUGUUUGGACAGCUCUAUCAAUAUCUGAUAGACAAUUCUCUACUUUCACGUUUUCAAUCGGGCUUCCGGCCCAAACAUUCGACACUGUCCUUAUUAUUAAUAGAAAUGAGUGACAAUUGGUUUGAAAAUAUGGAUAAUGGAGAAAUAACCGGAUUAAUUUCAGUUGAUAUUAGGAAAGCCUUUGACUCUAUUGAUCAUAAAAUCCUAUUAAGGAAGAUGCAAGACCAAUUUUGUGUUCAAGAUUUUGAGCUAAAAUGGUUCCAAUCCUAUUUGACGAAUGGCCACACAUCGUUGGCUAAGGAAAUUGUAUGCGGAGUUUCACAGGGAUCUAUCUUGGGACCCCUCAUGUUUUUACUAUAAUAAUAUAAAUGAUUUGCCAGAAUGUCUGAAAAACACAACUCCUGGCAUGUAUGCUGAUCAUACUCAAAUAUAUGCAUCUUCCGCAAGUUUCUUCGAACUAGUAACCAAACUUAAUCAGGAUUUAGAAAAUAUAGUCAAAUGGCUCUCUCGAAAUAAAUUGCAACUUCACACAAAAAAGACAAAAGCAAUGUUUAUAGGAUCACCCUAUAACUUAAAAAACAAAGUUGGUAAUAAACAGGUUAUGAUAAAUGAUAAACCGGUUACUCGUUAUUCCUCUUUUCCAUGUCUGGGAGUAGAACUAGAUGAAAGAAUGAGCUGGGAAAACCAUAUAGACACAAUAUGUAGGAAAGUUGGCUCCGGUAUUGGAAUCAUCAAAAGAGUAAAGCCGUUUGUACCGUCCGAAACACUACAAAAUUUAUAUAAUUCUCUCAUUCUCCCAUAUUUUGACUAUUGUUCAGUUUAUUGGAUAAUUGUGCAAGCAUGCUCAAAGAGAAAUUACAAAAACUACAAAAUAGGGCGCGGCAAGAAUUAUGACAGGUGCCAAUUAUGAUGUCAGGUCGACAGAUUUGCUCCAUGCUAUGUCAUGGAAAAAUCUGAACAACAGACAUAAAAUGAAUAAAUCGGUCCUGAUGUUUAAGAUAUUAAACAACCACUCAGCUCCGAACUUAAAGGAUAAAUUUAUAACAAGGGACAUAAAUCUUAGUACUAUGGAAUAGUUUACCUACGCAGACAAAGCAAACAGAAUCUUUAAGUAGCUUCAAAAAUUUGAUAAAAUAAUGUGUGCAACAGAGUCAGGCAUCGAAUAGUCUUGGUUUUUUAACUUUUUUAUCUACGUAUUUGCUAUUCUGUGUUAUUCGAUUUCAUAUUUAAUUUAUAUUAGUUUUUAGAAUGUAAUUUGUGUGACGCCCCUCAUGAAAAUCAUCCAUGGGUGAUGAGGGAAGCGUGGUUAAAUAAAGUUCUACUAUACUAUACUAUACUUGUGUUGGGUAAUUCCACGUGUGAAGUGUCUUGAAUCGUGAGCCAGCCGCUAGCGUGACUUAGGAGGGGGGCUGCCCCUAAUUGUUUCGUAUGCCUGUAGCUGUGCAUAUAACGUUCACUGAUAUAGCGGCUAAAUAAUAGUAAAUUAUAUGAAUAUAUUUCGAAAUGUUCCUCUAAUGAUGGUUCAAUUUAAUACUUUUUACAAGAACAUGAAAAGUUAUUUCGCUCCAAAACUCUAUAUUUAGCCCCCCAUCCCAUUCUAAUAACCCCCUACUCCAGACCGACUGGGGAAAAUAUAGCCCGCACCCGAAGGGCACUUGCAGACGAAAUACACUAUAUGAAUUAAGUAUAUAUUUCUUAUCUGUAUGUUACAUUGUUAUGUUAUUGUUUAAUUCGAACCGACCGACUAUCCGGCUGAUCAUAUCAUGUAUAUAAACGGCAUUGUACUCUUUAAUACACUUUUUCGAUAAUUACAUCAUGAAUUCGUACUUGGCCCAGGAGCCUCAUUUUCAUGAAUUGUGAGCCAAUCGCCUUCCGUCAUGAUUCACGAUUCAUGAGAGCGAGGCUCCCAGGUCAAGAACGUAUUCAUGAUGUAAUUAUCGAAAAUGUGUAUAGCCAUCAGACUACUUACCCUUUAAUGUUUAUUCCAUGCAAUUCCUUGCUUCACUUUAUGGACGUCAAUAACUAUUUUUAUUGUAUCGUUUAAUGUAAAUUUCCCGCUUAGUCUGACGUCAACUCUAAUUUAUUUAUUUUCGCUUUUCUUGUAUAGGCCAGUCUAUAUUGCAAAUUAAUUUUGAAGAUGAAAUUUCUUUUUGCAACUUUUAUUAUUUCCACUUUAGUUUUCUCAGGUAAGAACUGUUUAUCAGUUGAAGAUAAACCUUUCAACUGUUUAUCAGUUGAAGAUAUAAACCUUGCUUUCCAACGUGUUAAAAAAGUUGCUUAAUUAAAGAUGCUUUAUGUACUGUUUAAUAAACGAGUAGGAGUGUUUUAUUAGGUUUAAAGCCACGAGCGCGCAGCGCGAGUGGCUUUAGACCUAAUAAAACACGACCUGCGAGUUUAUUAAACGGCUUCAAACACGACUACAAAUUCAAUAGAUUUACUGCCUUAUUAGUAUUCUUUAUAUAAAAAAUACUAAUGAGGACACGACUACAAUAGAUACUGCCUUUUUAGUAUUCUUUAUAUAAAGAAUACUAAUUAGGAGUGUUUUAUCAGGUUUAAAGCCACUGCACGUGACAUAUUAUGGUUGACAUGAUUUGCCAAUAAGUUUAUGAAUUAUUAAUGAGUGUUUGAAAAUAUGUAUAAUAAUAUGAUUCUGUCAUUUGAAAGAUGUUUUAAAUGAUAUAUUGGGCCCGAGAAAUCUUUCCCGUAUUUUGUCCGGUAGCAAAGGCUAUAUAGCUGGCUUUCAUGGGCGAAUGAACAAUGGAUUUCGUUAUGAAGGAUACUUUUUAAUUUAAAUGCUAAUGAUUAAUGUAUUCUGUUCAUAAUCUUAUAGGUCAUGCUGCGUCUUACUGGACACACUGGUUGGACCGAGAUAAUCCUUCAGGCACAGGGGAUUGGGAAACGUAUAGUUCUUUCAAAAGGCCAACGGUAAAACCAAUUAGGGUUGAGAUCUGAACAUAUAAUUUAACAUUGACCAUGCAUGCAACGACGAUUUAAAUACAUCCAUACAGUAUAAAUGAGCUUUACUGAAUACUCCUAACAAUUUUCCUGCUCUUAAUAUACUAUCCUACUCCAUAUCCUAUAAACCUAAUCCUUAUGUUACCCUAUGCAACAUAUUUCUUAUCUUAACCGUAUACCUUAAUCUUAACUUAUCCUAUAUCCUAAAUCUUAUCUUACCCUAUAUCCUUAAUCUCUUCUUAACUAUAUAGCUAUAUAUUCGUAAUCUCAUUUAAACAUAUCCUUGAACGUAUCUUAACCUUAACUCUAUAUAUCUUAACUUAACUUAACUUAACUUAAUCUUAACUUAACUUAAUUUUUUCUUAAUAUUUUAUAUCUCAUUUAACCCAAAUAUCCUUAAUCAUAUCGUGAUCCUAUAUCCUUAUUCUCAUCUUAACGUACCCUAUAUAUACCUUUAUUCUUAUAGCUACAAUCUUCUUGGACAAAACCCUUGAGACCAUUCGAGCAAAUAUUAUAAAGUUAUGGAACAUUGACAAAACAAACUCCUUCUGCUCCCCUCCCCUCCCCUCCCCUCCCCAGUUCAAUGUUGUAACUGACAACGCCGAAAGGCAACGUUUGGUAAUAUACCAUGACACAACCUGUCUCAACCAGAAAAUAGUUUCAACCAGUUUAUGUCCAAGAUUGUAGCUAUAUAUUCUUAAUCUAUUUAACCCAUUGAACUAUUAUAAAUCACUGGAAGGCUAACUCCUAUGAUGAAAGUCUAUGGUUCGUUGAAGCCGGCGCGCGGGAAAAUCAGCUUUCAAAAGGACUAAGGAGAGUUUCGAGGAGUGAAAAAAAUUCGGUCAAAAGUUUGUUUUCGAGGAAACAUUUGCAAGAAAAACACUUUUUCCAUGGGAAUACUGGAAUGAUUGAAAUUCAAACCAGGUUUUCCGAUUAGUUCCAACUGUUUUACAUCUCUGUGCAGCAAAAAGUAAGGAAUUUUGCUUUUGUAUUUUGAAAAAAAUGACGAAAGUUUGGACGUGCCGCAGGAAACCUCGCUCUUCAACUCAAAAAAUGUACUAUAAAACAUUUUGACAGUCCCAAAACUUAUGUUGUACUAAACCCCAGCUGGGUAUUGUUAUUGAUCCUGAGCUUUCAGUCCUUGUUUUAUUCCUUCUAAAAAAUAAAUAAAUUGGCGUUUUUCAAGUGAUGUUAUUUUCGUCAUCGCUCUUCUUGUUUAUGAGCACUUUGAAUAUGGCAAUAUUUUUGUCAAUUUUUAAAUGUAAAAAACGACCUUAAAACGUUCCGACCUUAAAACGUUCAAUCUCCUUGAAACUUCGAAUACAGAUGUAUUCAGAAUACAGAUGAAUGGACUGGGUCUACCUACAAAAAAAGCUUCAAGCACGGCUUCAACUCCCCCCCCUGACUUAGCCUUCCAGUUCUUUAUAGUUCAAUGAUUUAACCAUAUAUCUAUAAUUGUAUCUUAACCCUAUAACCUUAAUCAUCAGGACCAGCCAGAGGAGUUAGCAGAAUCGAAUACUAAUAUAUUAGAUAACGGUUGUUCAAUAAAUCUUUAGCUCCCUCCCCCUCCUCUUCCCUUGUUGUUUACCCGAUCACACGCCCCGGUAAGAUGGUAACUGAGACAUAACAUUAAAAGGAGGGGGUAGGGGCGGUCGUUUGUUAAAAUAAUAGGUAUUAGGGGCAUCUAUCCAAACCAUUUCAAAAUUAUUGUAGGCUAAGUCCCCCUGCCUGAAUAUUAAUCCUUUAGGUUAGUAAUCCUAACUUAACUCUAAUCAAGAAUUAACCUUACCUGGAAUAAUCGGCUUACCAUAAUAAAUACACUGGAAUUAUCGGCUUACCAUAAUAAAUACAGUUAUAUAAACAGCAUAAUUAUACAGAGUGUCUGAUCUCCCAAACUGAAUGUCCCAACUAUAGCUACUGUACAUCAGCAUUAGUAACAAAUAUGUUCUGUCAAUCCAUUAAUGAUAUUUGGCUGAUCCGAAUAACCAAGCGUUUCUAGCUUUCUACAAAACGAUACCAAUACUCGGUAAAAUAACUUGUCCAAAUUCAGGAAACUAGGUUAAAAUAAUUUUUAAAGAAAAUGGCCACUUGUCUAAAACUGAUCACUUGUAUUCAAUAGCAAGUAAAAUACAUAUUCCAGUAUUUUAACCUAUUUUAACAAUAAAAUAUAUCCUAUAUAUACAGCCAAUUCAAAAAAGCUUGUCCUUUGCAAACCUUAAAAUCUACACUAUAAACCUUAACUCUAAGCGUGCAAAGCAUAAUGGGAGCACAAGUUUCAUGCAAGCUUAGUAGUUGAAUAUUGCAGCUAUUUGUGAAUGAAUUGUUCUCAUAAGAAGAUAUUUACCAUGUCUUUAAGAAAUGGGCCCCGGCAUAUAUGAUUUCUAAACUGAUUAAAUUGUGCUCCCAUUAUGCUUUGCACACUUAUAGAAUUUAUGGUUUAAGGUUUAGAGUUUAAGGCUUGCAAACGACAACCUUUUUUGAAUUAGCUGUGUACCAAAAGUAAAAGGUUCUGAAUACCAAUAUACCUGAAACCCCUGACCAUGCCAGAAUCUUAUCUUAACCCUAUAUCUUUUGCUUUAUCUUCAAUAGUUUCUCUUAAUUUCCCGGAACGAGAUAUUAUAUAUAGGGCCAUUAAUACGAGACAAAAUAAGUCGCGACUUAAUUACUUAUAAGACGCGUCUUAUAUAGGCGGAGUUAUCGUAUAAAUGGUUGGCUCUAUGGCUCUAUAUAGUCUUAUUUACUUGGUAUAGCUAUAAUGUUGUUUUGGUUGUUUUUGUUUUAAUAUGCAAGGAUUAUAAUUUUACGUUGUUUCAAGUUUUGUGCAGUUAGACGUUUUAUGUAAAAUGUCUUAUUUGAGACGCGUCUUAAAUAAGAACAGCUAAAAAUCCUGUUUUUAUUUAAGUCGCGCGUCUUAUCCAUAAGAAUUUUGUACCUUUUAUACGACGAACUCGCGUCUUAUUUAAGUCGCGUCUUAUGUAAGUCGCGAUUUAUUUUGUCCCGUAUAAAUGGCCGUAUCCCCGUAUUGGUGAUAUACAGCUAUUUCAAUUAAGGUUGCCCACGAGCAAAGCGAAAAAGUCGAAUACGAGCGCGCAAGGCUGCUGGGAAUCGCUAACAAAUUAAUGAAUUUCCAAAGCGAUUCCCAGCAGCUUUUCGCGCUCGUAUUCGACUUUUCCGCUUUGUUCGUGGACAACCUUAUUUGAAAUAGCUGUAUACAGUAUAUACGAUAUGGAACAUAAAUCAUCAGUUUAAGGCCACUGUAGAGUAGAAAUUUAUCAUGACAGAAGACUUUAAACAAUAUAGUAACCGUAGAAAUAUACAGGAAAUAUGAAAACCAUAACACUGCAUGUGGAAUAGAGUUUUCACAUGUAGACCCUAUAUUAUUGUCCUUAUAAAUUAUGCAUGUGCACGAGCAAACGUUCUCAGGUACUUUAUCAUAAUAUACUUGCUCGCAUGUCUAGUUCAAAAUAUCUUUUAUAACAGUUAGAUUAACUGUUAAAUGGGUUAGAUAGGUUGCCAUUUCUUUACGAUACCUAUGAAAUACUUUUAAGUAAUUUUUAUAAUCUGCGCCAGUCAGAAUCUUGGUGUCGCAAUCAAGUGAUUCUAUAGAAGGCGAAUGUGGUCGUUUGAUUGGCAUGAUCAUGAUAUCAUAUGUUACUCAUUCAAUCCAGAAUAAAAAUCUGAUUACUGUAUUAAAUAUAAUGUUAGUAGUAAUAUUACAAAAUAUAUAGUGUGGGUAAUUUUUGGGAUACCUUGUAUGAUAAUGUAGUCGAAAUCAUUUUCUCUAGGCAUGUCGCCCUGGCUACAAACCAGUUGAUGCCAACUGUAGAGUGAAGUACACCAACACACCCUGGUAUCAGGCAAAUGAAGUGAUUUCUGCUUGCUAUCAAUGUACACCCAGGGGCUUGUUUUGUACAAAUAAAAAUCAACCCGAUCGUCGUUGUAAAGACUACGAAAUACAGUUUUUGUGUUAUAGACGUAAGUAUAUAUAUAUAUAUACAUAUAUGGUGAACUCACCAGGUCUCUAUUAUAAAUUAGGUCUGGAUGGUAGAAAAAGCAUUUAAAUUAAAAUGGGAUUUGGACUAUUGGAUUUAUAAAGAAAGGAAUCGCGCUAGAAUUGUUACCUACUCUCAUGUACUAAAAUGGGAUUUGGACUAUUGGAUUUAUAAAGAAAGGAAUCGCGCUAGAAUUGUUACCUACUCUCAUGUACUAUUCGGCUUUACUACAUUCCCGGCACUUGAUUUUGAAAUAUCAUAUUGAUGUUAUGUUAUAUUUUUUCUUUAUAGCACAUUAG